CUAGAGAAAGAGGGGCAGGGAGGACGGUCAGAUCGGACACAGGCAGAUAAAGGCAGAAGGGCGGGCGAGUGGGCGAGGAGGGGCGGAGAGGGAGCGAGGAGGGCGGGGCGCCCGGCCCCCAAUCGCGCGGCCGUCGCCUCCCAGCUCGGCUGGAUUUGAGCCCUGCCCGCCGAUCGCUGACCCAGGAGCCAGCUGGAACAGCCCCCCGGCCGCGGCACCCCCCACUUUCCAACUCCAAGGUCCCCGCGGCGCGAGCGAGAUGCAGCCGGCUCCGGACACAGGUUUCUCCUUCUGAUGAAAAGAGAAAGGAAGAAUGGACUACAGUCACCAAACUUCCCUAGUCCCAUGUGGACAAGAUAAAUACAUUUCCAAGAAUGAACUUCUCCUGCAUCUGAAGACGUACAACUUGUACUAUGAAGGCCAGAAUUUGCAGCUCCGACACCGCGAGGAAGAAGACGAGUUCAUCGUGGAGGGACUGCUGAACAUCUCCUGGGGCCUGCGCCGGCCCAUUCGUCUGCAGAUGCAGGAUGACAACGAGCGCAUUCGCCCCCCUCCAUCCUCUUCCUCCUGGCACUCCGGCUGUAACUUGGGGGCUCAGGGCCCCACCCUGAAGCCCCUCAACAUGCCUGACAUUCAGAUCUCAGAGGUGGACGCCCCGCAGGAGAGUGACCAGGCGACAAGCCCCACAGACUCCAGGGGCCUGAAGCCCGUGCAGGAAGACACCCCACAGCUGAUGCGCACACGCAGUGAUGUUGGGGUGCGUCGCCGUGGCAACGUGAGGACCUCCAGCGAUCAGCGGCGAAUCAGACGCCACCGCUUCUCCAUCAAUGGCCAUUUCUACAACCACAAGACAUCAGUGUUCACGCCGGCCUAUGGCUCGGUCACCAACGUCCGCAUCAACAGCACCAUGACCACUCCACAGGUCCUGAAGCUGCUGCUCAACAAAUUUAAGAUCGAGAAUUCGGCAGAGGAGUUUGCUUUGUACGUGGUCCAUACCAGCGGUGAGAAACAGAAGCUGAAGAAUACUGAUUACCCACUGAUCGCCCGGAUCCUUCAAGGCCCAUGUGAGCAGGUGUCCAAAGUGUUCCUCAUGGAGAAGGACCAGGUGGAGGAAGUCACCUAUGACGUGGCCCAGUAUAUAAAGUUCGAGAUGCCUGUCCUUAAAAGCUUCAUCCAGAAGCUCCAAGAGGAGGAAGAUCGGGAAGUAAAGAAGCUGAUGCGCAAGUACACCGUGCUCCGGCUAAUGAUUCGGCAGAGGCUGGAGGAGAUAGCUGAGACCCCAGCAACAAUCUGAGCCACAAGAAGGAGGGGAUCCAGACACCACAGGGGCCACCGUUGACAUGAGAAGAUCCACAGUAAGGUGGGCGCCUUCCUUCCACGGAAACGUUUAAAUAUAAACCUCUCCAGCUCCCCACAAGCCGCCGUUUGCUGCCUGGAGCGAGAUGGAGAAGCCAGCAGACAACUCCCCAACCUUGGAUCCUUGCACUCCUUUCUUUCCCUCACAAGGACUUUUGAUUUUUGUUUAUAAGGAGGACCCAAAAAUGUGUGUUUGUGCGCACAUGCACACAUGGUACAUAUCUACGUGCCUACCUGGUAUUUUGGUAGUUAAAUUCCAAGCAACCAGCACAAGUGCCAUGAGGCUGGCAGAUGUGCUGCUUGUGGGCAGGAAAAUCAAGGGGGUCACUGGUCUGAAGGGUUUAAGCUGAAGAAAAGAUUUCUCCCCUCAAGUGCCAGGGAGCAGCCACACGUGUCUCCCCACAUUUAGAAGGGGAAAGGGGCGCAGCAAGCUCACCUUUCAGAGUAUGUAUAUGUUAGUAGAGAUUCUCCCUGUAUGCCUAGAAGAAUCAGGAUUGUAAGAUCCUUGGAAGUUAACAAAAUAACAGCCCCAUGGCCUUGGGGCAGGUCCCAGGAAAGAGAGAGAAACCAGCAGUGGGGUAGAUGCAAUAAACCCACAGGUUUUUACACUGGAAACUUUGAUUGUUUUAAGUAACAAAGACAUACAUGAUGAGCUGUGUGGAUGCCUGUAGAGAACGGAUUCUGCUUCCAUCCUCGCCUCCGUGGCCACCUCUAGGACACAGAGGGGAGCCUGAUGUUUCUCUCAGCACGCCAAGCUGCAGAUCCCAACUCUUUGGGACCUUCUUGAGUUGAAGGAAAGGUCUCGUGAAACAGGUCUCGCUGGUUUGCACAUGGUGGUGACUGGCUAGCAUGGCCAGGGCCUGGCCUUGUUCUGGGUGGGUGGGGGUGGCCAGGAAGUUUCCCUCCUUGAGAAAAUGUAGAAGCUCCUUGCAGAAAUGACAGGUGCCCGGGAGCCCGGCCCACUUUCACCUCAACAAGGGGUCUGCCUGGUCUUGGAGCUGAGGCUGUGUGUUUGAAGUCAAGGCUUUAUUCUCUCCAACCUCUGGAUUCUUGGAAGUUGCCCUCAUGUUACACGUUUAGAUGGACUCCAAAAAUGAGGACUUGUCCUGUUACUGACUGAGUGUGGGCUUCAGGGAAGUUCUUUGGGCUCCCCUGUGAAGGUGCCUAGGGAGGACGGGGCUUCUCUCUCAGCCUGAGCAGCCACCUGGGUGAUCUUUAGAGCAGACCCCAACAGGAGGAAAGGGCAGGGACGGUCUGUCCCUGGUGGCCCCCAUCAGGGAGAUGGCAGGUAGCUCAGCAGCUGCAACAGUUUGAAGAGGAACAGAGAUGCUUGGAGCAAUGUGUGGAGAUCAAGCAAGACCAGGAGCUCCUAACAGCAGGUGUCUAAGUCUUGUUGGGAUGAGAGCUCUCCAUCUCUUCUCCAGUUUCUCUCCAAGAAAAGUUUGGAGAGCAGGGCAGUUGAGGAAAUGAGAGGAAAUCGGUGCCUGCAAAAAAAGUAGACCUUUGUAGCAGAGCCGGUCCUGCCCCAGGCACCCUCCUGCCCCCCUCCCCGCCCCUGUGGCCUCCAUGGCCUCUUUAGAUGGCUCCCAGCUGUGGUCUCAUUGUUGACUUUCAAAAAGAUGGCACGCUGCCACUUGGCAUUUUGCCGGGGCUUUCUUAAGCAAGCCUCCCUCCUUUGUGGGGACAGCACCACCGGCCCCGUGGGACAUGGACUGGAAAUCCGGAAGGCCUUAGUCUCAAUCAGACACCUCAGUGGGCUUCUGCAAAACGCACAGAAAAAAUCCGGGGGCGGGGUCAGAGGCGUCCUUUGUUACAGAUGGAAAGAGCAGUUUCGUGAAUGCAUGCAUACUUCCUGAGUUUUGCAUUUGAAAAAAUGACUUGCGAAACUUCUCUUCCAGUUACUUUUAUUUUUGAAUGUUCAAAGCCUUUGUUGGCCCCAAUAAUUCUCCUUGGGGAGUUAGGGAGAACAGUUUUCACAAGGCAAAUUACUAACCACUACCUUUUAUUGGACAGCUAUUUCUGGUUUAUAAAAGUUCUCUUUAAUUUGCACUAGCACUACGAUAGUGUUAAACAUGGAAAUGUUGCAGAAUGUCAGGUCUGCCAGAUCACUCUCUGAGAAAGUGACCCUACGGUAGACUUGGCUUUUUAAAGACGGGGGGUCGGGAUGGAAGGGAGGGGAAAUCGUAUCUGACACCAUACAUUCCGUUUAAUGCAAGCCGCACUCUUCCAUUUAGGCCUACCCUGUUUAGAGAUCAUUUCUCACGUCCUAAUAACCCGACCAGGAAUUUUGGAAAGGUUCUUUGAAAUAGCAGCAGCUGAAACAGAGACAUUUCGCCGCCAUGUGGAGCCGGAUUUUCUCACUGGUAUCACAUGGCCUGGCAGCUUUGAACUCCUCGCCUGAUUUGUAUGGGUUUAUGUAAUUGCGUGCAAUGAACCUGAAAUUGUGUGAAGAACAAAAGGCCAGCUUGUAGGGUAUUUUUCCUAACUUGUGAAAAGCAGUACAAGUACAUCUGGCUUGCUUUUUCCAGGGCUUAUGUUACAAGGUGAUCAAAUGAAGGAAAAACCUGAGUCCAUCUGGUUGGGAAGGGGGUCUGUUCCCCCAUUGAUGGUGGAAUUAAGCACAAGGUCACAUUCUCUGUGACCAGGUUAGUGGGAAGGUGAUGAGUUAAGGGGCGGGGGGUUGGGGGGGCGGGGGGUGGUGCCUUGGGGAGGGACUGAGAAGCCCAGGCGCCAGGCUUGCCUGGACGUGUUGGUGAGGAAUGUGCACAUUGGUCUCCAGGCUGGACCGACUUUAACUGGGAGUUGAGGUGGAGGCAGGAGGAGCUCAGGUUAGCCACCCAUCCACGGGGAAAAUGAUGAGACUUGAAGUCAGGGUUUUGGUCUGAAACUUCAAGGAGAAAUAGUCUCACCCUUCCCUCCUCCCAACCGGAAAGAAAACAAUACUCUCUCCUAGACAUCUCCAGAUAAAGACAUUUUAUCAUCAGUGUAGAUAAGACUUUGACAUAUAAUGACCAAAAAAGAAAAAAACCUGUUCUCUGAUGCAAAAACGUCUUGGCAAGAAUUCUUUUCUGCAGAGUUGAGUGAUUAUUUCAGAGUUAGGAGGGUGGCAUGGGCCGCAGAAGGGCAAGAAGCUCUCAAGAAAAGAGAAGCUCCUUUAAAAAAAAAUGUAUUUCAAAGCUCUGUAACACUGAGAACACGGUGUCAUAGAUGCAUCUCCGAGAAAGACUUCUAUAUCAAUGAGGGAAUUUAUUUCACUGUCUCAUGGCGACCAAGUCAUGAUGUGGGGGCUGAGGUAGGAGACAGAGAUCUCCCUGAGCAUCCUGAGGCAGCGGUGCAUUUUUGAGCAUCUACAAAUGGUUUUACCCAAUCUUGCCUGAAGUGGACGAGACGAGAAAUGAUCUCCUAGAGAGGUAGAAAUAAAAGCAAAUAUGGCAUCCUUUCUUUCAGACGCAAUUGAAAGGUCUUCCCCCGUCACAGGAGGUUACAGCGCCCCCUGUGUUUUAACCAAGCACAAGACGUGGACAAGCUGUGAAGGGAAAGCCUGAGUUUACUCUUAGAGUCUUCCCUGGAGGUUGCAGACCUGUCUCCCAGGUUGAUGGUUUCUGGUGUGUAAUUGCUAGUGUUUCUUAAGGGUUUCCCCACUUGUUUUAACUUUGUGAAGUAUUCUUUUCUUAAUUACACUUGCCUUUCAGCAAUGGUACAUGACCUGGUUCAAUGUUUGGUUCUGAACUUAUAAACUGAUGUGUUUAGGAAUCUUAACAUAAUUUGACAAGGCCUCAGUAGGGAGCUGUGAAUUUCUGUAACAUUUUGAUAUGUUUUAAUGCACCGAACUUAGAUCCUGUCAAAAUAAAGCACUUUUCAAAGAGAA